UCCGCGGCCCCGCCCUCCCGCGCCGAGCCGAGCAGAGGGCGGCGGCGGUGGCGGCGGUGGCGGCGGCGGCGGCUGCUGGAGCUGCCCGGGAGGAUGGCGGCGGCGUCGUGGACGCGGCGGAGAUGAGCGCCCGUGGCCCCAGGCCCAGGGCGGCGCGGCCGGAGUGGGCGGGGGUCCCGAUGCAGGCCCGAGGGGGGCCAUGGGGCAGGUCCUGCCGGUCUUCGCCCACUGCAAAGAAGCUCCGUCUACAGCCUCUUCUACCCCUGAUUCCACGGAAGGAGGGAAUGACGACUCAGAUUUUCGGGAGCUGCACACAGCCCGGGAAUUCUCGGAGGACGACGAGGAGGAGACCACAUCACAGGACUGGGGCACCCCCAGGGAGCUGACCUUUUCCUACAUUGCCUUUGACAACGUGGUGGGCUCUGGGGGCCGUAGGGACUCAGUUGUUCGUCGUCCCCGGCCCCAGGGACGUUCAGUCUCAGAACCUCGGGACCCACCUCAACAGCCCGGCCUGGGUGACAGCUUGGAAAGCAUCCCUAGCCUGAGCCAGUCCCCAGAGCCUGGGCGCCGCGGUGACCCUGACACCGUGCCUCCAGCUGAGCGCCCGCUGGAGGAACUGAGGCUGCAACUGGACCAGCUUGGCUGGGUUGUCCGGAGUGCGGGAUCUGGUGAGGAUUCAGCCACCAGCAGCUCCACCCCGCUGGAAAAUGAAGAGCCUGAUGGAUUGGAGGCCAGCGAGGCUGGAGAAGAGACGAAUCUGGAACUCCGACUUGCUCAGUCUCUACACUUGCAACUGGAGGUCCUGACUCCUCAACCUAGCCCUAGCUCCGGGACCCCCCAGGCGCAUACCCCAUCACCACAAAAAUCUCAAGAUUCGAACUCCGGUCCUGAUGAGCCUCUGCUGAACAAGGAAGAAGAGCAUUGGCGGCUGCUGGGGCAGGAGCCACUCACGGCCCAGUGCCUCGAUAGCACAGACCAAUCAGAAUUCGCCUUGGAGCCGCUCCUUCUAGGUAAGCAGUUUAUGAGCAAAGGACUUUGGCUACGGAGGACCAUACAGCUCCAUGUCUGUUUACUAAGUCCAAUUUGGGAAUUGUCCCCACCUCUCUGGCCAGCCAUUGGUUGGGUUGCAAAGGGGCCCUUCCCCUCUGCUCUUUCCCUCGGGUCCCUCUCAAGUGAGCAAAAUCCCCAGGAGCCGGGCGUCCGCAACCGCUCUCUCGGAGCCGAGAUGGGGAGUAAAGUGGCAGAUCUGUUGUACUGGAAGAACACCAGGACGUCGGGAGCCGUCUUCACGGGCCUCAUGGCCUCUCUCCUCUGCCUCCUGCACUUUAGCAUCGUGUCCGUGGCUGCACACCUGGCCCUGCUGGGCCUCUGUGCCACCAUCUCUCUCAGGGUUUACCGCAAAGUGCUGCAGGCGGUGCACCGGGGCGACGGCACCAACCCUUUCCAGGCCUACCUGGACAUGGACCUGACCCUGACUCGGGAGCAGACAGAACGUUUGUCCCAGCAGAUUGCCUCCCACGUGGUCUCCACAGCCACACAGCUACGGCAUUUCUUCCUAGUAGAAGACCUGGUGGAUUCUCUCAAGCUGGCUCUUCUCUUCUACAUCUUGACCUUUGUGGGAGCCAUCUUCAACGGCUUGACUCUUGUCAUCCUGGGAGUGGUUGCUUUGUUCACCGUCCCCCUUCUGUACAGACAACAUCAGGCCCAGAUUGACCAGUAUGUGGGGUUGGUGACCAAUCAGUUGAGCCACAUCAAAGCUAAGAUUCGAGCUAAGAUCCCGGGGACCGGAACCCUUGCCUCAACAGCGUCAGUCUCCGGAUCUAAAGCCAAAGCCGAAUGAGAGAGGUGUCUUUGCCCGAGGGACGCCUGCCCACACCCCAGCAGCCCUCUUCCCUUUCAUUUCCCGUGCAUCCACACCCUCUACCACUCGGCCGAGCCAUUUCCCAGUGGGAAGUGCCCGAGCGACUCGGACUACAUUUCCUAAGAGGCUCUGCUCUAAGAGUCCAGGAAAAGGCCAUGCUCCCUGGCCCCCGAGCCUGCUGGGAUUUGUAGUUGAAUAGUCAGGACGCUGCCCUGCACAUUCGUGACCCGCCGCUGGAGGCGCCGUGAGGGGUUGGUGCCUCUGAAGCCACCAACCCCUAUGCUGGGGCUUUGCAUGGGGCCCAGGCGAGCCUUGAGCUUGGAUUUACACUGUAAUAAAGACUCCUGUGGAAAAUUCA